AUGUUUUUGGCUACACUUAAUUUUUUAUUUUUAAUAAUUAUAGUAAUAAUUUCAGUUGCUUUUUUUACUUUAAUGGAACGGAAAAUAAUUGGUUAUUCACAAUUACGUAAAGGUCCAAAUAAAAUUUUGAUAAUGGGAAUUAUCCAACCUAUUGCAGAUGCAAUAAAAUUAAUUACUAAAGAAUUUAAUAUAAAUUACUCAUCAAAUUUUACUUUAUAUCUAAUAGCCCCAGCACUUAAUAUUAUUUGUUCUUUAUUAACAUGAAUUAUUUUUCCAUUUAAAUACUCAUUUAGCUUUAUAAAAAUAGCUGUGUUGAUAAUAUUAAGAUGCGCAGCAUUUAAUGUAGUAACAAUUAUAAUAAUAAGAUGAUCAUCGAAUUCGAACUAUGCUUUUAUCGGAAUAAUUCGAACCAUUUCUCAACUAAUUUCAUAUGAAAUUAACUUAAUUAUAAUUUUAAUUACUGUAAUUAUUAUUACAGAACAAAUAAACUUUAUUAACAUAAGAAAAGUUCAAAAAUAUAUUCAAAUUACAAUACUUUUAUUUCCUUUAGUGUUAAUUUGACUAAUUACAAUUCUGGCCGAAACUAACCGAACACCAUUUGAUUUUUCAGAAGGAGAAUCAGAGUUAAUUUCAGGAUUUAAUAUUGAAUACAGAAGAACUAGAUUUAUAAUAUUGUUUCUUUCAGAAUAUUGCAGUAUUUUAAUUAUAAGAUUAUUAACUACUUGUAUAUUUACAAAUCUAACACCCGUUAAUCCAAGAUUUUAUGUAGUUUAUUUAGUUAUUUCUUUUGUAUUUAUCUGAACCCGAACGACAUUACCACGUUUCCGUUAUGAUAAACUUAUAAAGUUUAACUGAAUUCAAAUUUUACCCAUAACAGCAAUAAUGUUAUCUAUUUCGUUCCCCAUAAAAAUUUUGUAG